ACAUACGAUAGGUUACGAAAGUUGUUUCAUUUUUAUUUUAUCAACGAUAAUUCUGUGUUUUGUUGCAUUUAUUUACUAUCAAAGCGUAUCUAGUUUUGGUUUCUGUGUGAAUAUUUUUCAUUGUUGCAUUAGCAACGCAAAUAAUAACGAUAGAUUUGUUAUUUGUUGCAUUUGUGAUUAUUGUCAGGUAUUUGGCAAGCUGUACAAUGUAACAAUAAUUUAGAUCUAUAUUAUUGCAAAGAAAAAUGAAUUCUCGCGGGCCUUUAGAACAUCCAGUCUUUGACAUAUCAAAAAUAGAAUUCACAGGUGACUUCGGGUGUCAGGCACAACAACUACUGCAAAUCAUUAGAUUAACCAAAGAGGAGGUGGAACACAUUGAUUUCCUAUUGAGGGAUUUGUCUGCUAAUUUUAAUAGAAUUUGGCCAGGUUGUGUAAUAGAACCGUUUGGUUCUAUAAUCACCGGUCUAGGUAUAAAGACAAGUGACAUAGACUGCUAUGUAACUGUACCGCCAUGGGAAAGAAAGCAACCUGGUAAACUCGUGUAUGUUGCCUUACGUUCACUGAGGUCACAGCCACAUUUGUUCACAGAAUUACAACCUAUAGCUCGUGCUAAAGUGCCUUUAGUCAAAUUCCUACACAUUCCAACAGGAAGGCAUUGUGAUGCAAGUUUCAAAAGUCCACAAGGAAUACGUAACAGUUUGUUACUGGCUUACUUACUUCAUUUAGAUCCUAGAGUUUUGUCAAUAGCAAUCAUAAUAAAGUUCUGGGCUAAACUACACAAGUUGACAGGUACAAAUUUAAUGCCUAAUUAUGCAUUAAUAUUGCUUGUAGUAUUCUACUUCCAGCAAUUGAAUAUUUUGCCUUCUGUUUACGAAUUGCAAGACAAAUUGAAACCACACCAACAAUGCAUUGUUGAUCAUUGGGAAACUGGAUUUGUGCAUAUUCCUGAUUACACAUUAAAAAGUAGAAAAAAUGAAUUCAAUUUGUAUGAACUUCUCACAGGGUUUUUUGAGUACUACAGCUCUUACAAUUUUGCCAUGAACAUAGUCUCUGUAUUUUUGGGAUGUAGUAUAAAGAGGGAAUUAUUUAAAAGCUUAAACACCGUGCCUACUGUAUUCAGAUUGUAUGAUGCAAACUUGCAUAACGGGUUGGUUCAACCUUUGAGAAUUAAUGAAAGUAUGUGCAUUCAAGAUCCUUUUGAUCACAGCCGGAACUGUGCAGUGGCUGUUGGCAAAAACCUGUUCCCAAAAAUCAUUGGUUGCUUUAAACAUGCAUUGAAAUGUUACAUAGAACAACGCAGUAGUAACUUCUUGAAAGCAAUACUAACAGUGAUACCAAAGCAGCACCCAGCAGAUAAACAAGGGAUAAAGUUGCCAACAAAGAAGGUGCCACAGAAACCAAUCCCAAUACCGAAAGUGAAACCUGUCCCAAAACCAAACAUUAACAAUUCACGAAAACCAGGAUUCAAUUUUAUCAAAAAGUUUAAUGAGUUGCAAAAUCAUAGUAAACAGAGGAAGGGAAAAAGAAAAAAUACAGGCAAGUUUUCAACCAUACUGCAGUAAUUAAAAACACCUUUACAAAUCCAUGUUUAAAUCCUAAAAAUCUUGUUCUUUGUUGAAUACCCUAAUUGCUACCUUGUAACAUCAUCAGCUCUUACCAUUUCUAUUUGAUGCCGUUAAAGGAAUAAUUGGACUUUGUCAACUCUUUACCUAGGAUGUAUAAAUGUAAAAGAUUGCAUCAAUAAAACUCUUUCCUGUUGUAGAUUGUAGUGGAUUUAAUUAGUUGUAAAUUAAAAAAGAAUUAUUGGGCAAACAGUGUUUUAAGUUGAAAUAAUUUUAAUGCAAGAAUUUAAGACGUAGUGCCUCAAGUUCGAGUGUUCGCGGUUGACAGUGUAUUCAUUUUUAUAUAGAAACGGCGCAAUGCCACGUUCGAUUUGUGAAGAUAUUGACAUCGGUAUCCCAUAACGAGAUGCCAUGUAUAUACUCGUAAUUGUAUACCCAGAUUGGUAUAAGUUCAUUGGCAGUUGGAGAACAAAUGAAGGUGUGGGUCGAUUGUUGGAUCUCUUUUUAGUUCUCAUGUUUAUUUUCUCAUUAUAAUCCUCAUGUUUAUGUUAUAUUAGUAAAACUACUGUUGAAUAAUGCGCAGUUAUUGACUCAGUUGUUUAUUUGAUUGUAUGGUCCAAUUUAAAAAAUUCUCCAUUAUGUUUUGACUUUACAUUGAAGUGUAGUUAAUUGAGGCUAUGAAAGUGGUGUACCCUAUGAAAUGCAUAAUAUGUAAUUUUAUAUAUAAUGUGUAUGUGUAUAUACACAGUAGUGUGUAUACACAUGCACGCGCAUGUGUGUAUGCAUAUAUACAUAUUAUAUAUAUACAUAUUAUAUAAAUCACUGGCACUGGUAGCCUAAAUUGUUGUCUUUAAUAAAAUAAUAAUUGUGAUGGAGACUCUGAAAAUGUUAAAGUAAGAAAAAAGAUUACUUUGCUGUGUAUUUGAGAUUUGUGAUAUUUUCUUCUAGGUUAGUUUUUA